CCAGGAAUGAACCAGCGACGUUGGCCUCGCCUUGGCCCUUUUUCUCUCCGUUCAAUGUUUCCAUUAAACCUCAAAAGAAUAUAAGCUUUUCUCCUGUUGACAUGGAUACAAGAAUCGUGUGCCACCGUUGCCGGCAAAAGUUUACGGCGACGGCCAAUGCCGAGGUAGUUUUUUGCCCUCAUUGCCGUGCGGACAAUCCGAAUCGACCAGUUAGGAAACCGUCGUCGGCGUCUUCCCAAGAGCAUGGGAAGACUAGUCCACGAUUGAUAGGUAAAUCUAUGAAGGAAAAACUGAGGAAAUUACUGCACGGUGAUGCCCCGAAACCUUCAACAUCGCCGUCGAUGACGACGGUGACCAGUUACUCUAAGCGUUGUGCUUUGGAUGACUCCGGCGAUGCAGUACCGGCGAACAAACGUGCGGUGCUUUGCGGCGUGAGCUACAAGAAGUGGAAGUAUAAGCUCAAAGGGACCAUUAACGAUGUGAAAAACAUGAAGGGUUUGCUGACUCAAAAGUAUGGGUUUGAAGAGCAAAAUAUUAUAGUGCUCACAGAGGAACAGUUAGACACUCGACUUAUUCCGACAAAGGCGAACAUCGAGAACUGCUUGGGGUGGCUGGUGAAAGGUAGCCGAUCAGGAGACUCGCUGGUUUUCUAUUACUCCGGCCACGGAUUACGCCAACCCGAUUUCAUCCAAGACGAACGUGACGGAUUCGAUGAAACCAUCUGCCCGGUUGAUUUCCUUAAAGAAGGAAUGAUAAUUGAUAACGACAUCUACACCACCAUCGUUAAGCCCCUGCCUACAGGUGUCAAGCUUCACGCCAUCGUCGACGCUUGUCAUAGCGGAACCAUUCUCGAUCUCGAGCAUGUCUACGAUCGACAAAAGGGAGAAUGGAUUGACAACCGUCCUCCAUCAGGUGUGAGGAAACAAACUAGUGGUGGGCUAGCAUAUUGUAUCAGUGCUUGCGAAGAUGAUCAAGUUGCCGCCGACACAUCCGCUUUGAAUUCGAAGACGAUGAAUGGAGCAAUGACAUACGUUUUAAUAGAAGUUGUGAGAGCAAGAGAACAACGAAGCAUAACAUAUGGGGAAUUACUUGAGGAAAUGGAGAAGCGAAUCGAGCAAGCUAACCAACAAGGUUGCUUGGGUGGUUCAGGAAUAUUAAGCAAAUUGUUUGGCCCUAAUCUCACACAGAAGCCUCUGCUUUCAGCUUCCGAAGAGUUUCCAGUUUACGAAAGGGAAUUUGAACUAUAGCUGUUAAUCAUUAGUUUUUGUGGCUGGAUUAGUGGGCAUGACUUCGGGCAUGACGUAUAUGACGAGGCAAUGAGUCAGCAUCUUCCAGAAGGUCUAGUCAGCGCUUCUAUAAAGACGAAUGAGUCUUCUGCGUUUCUGAAAUUCGAAUACAAGUCAAACUCAUGUUUUUAGGAUAUUAAUUUAAAUAUUAUAUUAUAUUUUAUCUUA